GUCUCAAGACAGGGGUUUGUCGAUGACAUGUAGACUCCAUGGGCAUCCGCGAGAAUGCGAAGGAGCUUGCAGACGAGAUAACGCCAUUCGCCAGGACCCUUCUGGGAUGUACGGCUUGUGGCCUUUGCCUCGCGCUGGCUUUGGCCAUUGCUUUUGGCUGCUAUUUGGACCUCACCUUGCAGGGCAUCCGAGAGAUCUGGGAAAGAGCUGAUUGCUCUGUCUUGGGCCCGGGAAGAAUUACGACCCUUGCCACCACCUGCAAGGAAGCGCAGGGUAAUGCUUGUGCCAGGUUGGGAGAGUUUGAGAAUGUGCUCUCCAGCGUCUUUGUAUCCUAUUGCCGCGGGCCUGCGGAUGGGGCCAGAUGCUUCGAGGUGCAGGCAGACAAAUGCGGCCUCAGCUCUCCCAUCGACUUGGCGCAGGCUGGCCAGUAUCAGGAGAUGACGAAUACCAGCGUAGCGAUUCCGUGUUGGUACAAUCGCCUGCAAGAACAGACACAGGAAACCACAGAGGAGGAGGCCACGCAAAGUUCGUGUGAUGCCUCCGGCUGCUCCUUCUACAAAACUUCCAAGGCGAGGUACACUGUGCGCCUGAACGAGGAGCCAUGCGCCACUCCUCGUGCCAAAGGCAGCGUGGGUGUGACCGUGGUGUUGGGCAUGCUGGUUUGCGGUGCUUGUCUCUGCAGCGUUGGCUGUGCAUUCCGCUCCAGGCGGGAGCUGCUGACGGACUAUGAAGACGAAUUCACCGAGACCUGAGACCUGAGACCUGAGAGCUUUGAACCGAUUUGAUUUGCGUGAGGCGCAA